AUGCCCCGACGCGGCCGUCCACCUGGCAGACGACCACGCCCACCUCGCGAUGGCAGCUGCAGUACAUGCGGCGAAAACAAUCAGGGAGACGGAGCUGGUCAACUGCCAGGAUACUUCGGACACGGCAAUCUGGGCGAAAUGCAAGGACCAGAGUUUUAUCCCGAUCCGGUGACUGGCUUCCCGAAUGGCCCCAGAUGUGGGAGCAGAGGAAAUGGCGGAGGUCGCGGAAUAGGUCGUCGAGGGAACAACAACCAAAGCGUUGUUGCAAAUGCAUGGGGAGUCGACAACGACAACGGCUUUGAGGUGUGGAAUAACGGCCAAUUGGUGGCAAGCGGAGGAGGGCGCUCAACCCGCGGCACAGGCCCCCGGGGUGGAGGCGAUAUUGGCUUCGACUUCGAUGACGACGACUCCUUUUCCGACGAUUUCGACGACUUUGGAGGCAGCCCAUUUGGAAGAGGGCCCCUCGGCAGAGGACCUCGUCGAGGACCAGGUCCAUUCCCUCCAGGCAUGGGGCGUGGCGAUAUUCCGGCAUGGCUUUGUGACGAGUUCGACGAUGAUGACUUCGAUGAUUUUGAGAUGGUGAGUGGGUUCGGGGGCAGACCGCCAGCAGGACCAGGGAUAGGACCUCGCCGUGGUGGCCCAGGUGGUGUCAGAGUUACCCGGCAAGGAGGGGCUAUCGUGAUCGGCAACGACUUUCCACCUCGCGGAAGUGGAGGACAAAGUGGUCACGAUCUAGAUCCCGAGGCAGAAUACGACGACGACUACGAUGAUGAUUAUGAUGAUUUUACGGGAGGCAGCUUUGGUGGGAGAAACGGGGCUCGUAUCUUCCGAACACGGGAUGGAGGGACGUUUCGCAUCCACCAGCGUUGA